GAGAGCGCCGAAGAAAGAGGGGUUCUUUUAUUUUUUUCCGAAGGCAAAAUCAAAAAAUAGCAAAUUAUUGAGUGUGUGUGAGAGAGUCUGUGUUUGUUACUCUUAAAGCUUUUUAAUCCCAUAAUAUUUAAUUUCAAAUAUCCGUUACCAAAGCGAGGCUCCCGCCACGGCCGUGCCAUGGCUCAGCUGGAGAGGCAGACCCAGCAGCCUACCCUGGAGCCCUCGACGGUCCACGACGCCAAGUCUCUGAUCUGCGCUCUCAACCUAGUCUCCCGCAACCUCCCCCUCCCUCCCGACCUCCACGACGCCGUUUCCUCCAUCUGCUUCUCCCCCGAAGAUUCAGCCAUCAAUGCCUCCUCGACCGGUGCCGAUGCCGGUGCCGGCGGCGGCGGCUCGGGUCUGAAGGUGGUUCCCGAGAAGAGUCUGGGAGAUCAUGGCAGUUACAGAGGAGAUCUGUUGGCCGAGUUUGAGGAUGCGCUAUUGGAGCAGCGCCUGAAUUGUGUGUCGGGUGUUGGAUUGAAAGUAUCAAGGGAAAGUCGUUUUCAGAGUCACAUUCAGCAUCGAUUGGCUGAGCUUGAAGAAUUGCCUUCAAAUAGAGGCGAGGACCUGCAGACAAAGUGCUUGCUUGAACUCUAUGGGCUAAAGCAGCUGGCAGAGUUGCAAAGCAAGGUUCGGUCUAAUGUGAGUUCAGAGUACUGGCUCCGUGUAAAUUGUGCAGAACCUGACAAGCAAUUAUUUGACUGGGGCAUGAUGCGACUGCGUCGUCCACUUUAUGGUGUGGGAGAUGCUUUUGCCAUGGAUGCCGAUGACCAGUUCAGGAAGAAACGGGAUGCUGAGAGAUUGUCAAGGUUAGAAGAGGAGGAGAAAAAUCAAAUGGAAACUAGAAAAAGAAAAUUUUUUGCUGAAAUACUCAAUGCAGUCCGUGAAUUCCAAUUGCAAAUUCAAGCAUCUAUGAAACGCCGGAAACAAAGGAAUGAUGGGGUCCAGGCUUGGCAUGGAAGGCAAAGGCAACGUGCUACACGGUUAGAGAAAUUGAGGUUUCAAGCCUUGAAGGCUGAUGAUCAAGAAGCAUACAUGAGAAUGGUGAAAGAGAGCAAGAAUGAACGAUUGACAAUGCUUCUGGAAGAAACAAAUAAACUUCUUGCAAAUUUGGGAGCUGCUGUUCAGCGUCAGAAAGAUGCCAAAGAUUCAGAUGGGAUAGAGGCCUUGAAAGACUCAGAAACUGAUUCUCCUGAAUUGGAUGCUUCAAAGAAUGGAACUCCUCAGGAUUUGCUUCCUGAGGAAGAGAUGGACAUCUUUGAUCCUAAUCGUAGCGUUGAAACUAGUGAUUUACUUGAAGGUCAGCGGCAAUAUAACUCAGCCAUCCAUGCAAUUCAGGAAAAGGUAACGGAGCAGCCACCCAUGCUUCAAGGUGGAGAAUUAAGACCGUACCAGGUAGAGGGGCUUCAGUGGAUGCUUUCCUUGUUCAAUAACAACUUGAAUGGAAUUUUAGCUGAUGAGAUGGGGUUGGGAAAGACAAUACAAACCAUUUCGUUAAUAGCAUAUCUCAUGGAGUACAAGGGUGUGACUGGGCCCCACUUGAUAGUGGCUCCAAAGGCUGUAUUACCAAAUUGGAUUUAUGAAUUCUCAAUGUGGGCUCCUAGUAUUGCAGCUGUUCUUUAUGAUGGACGUCUAGAUGAGAGAAAGAUAAUGCGGGAAGAUUUAUUAGGGGAGGGGAAAUUUAAUGUGUUGAUCACACACUACGAUCUUAUCAUGAGAGAUAAGGCAUUUUUGAAGAAAAUUCACUGGUACUACAUGAUUGUUGAUGAAGGGCAUCGGUUGAAGAAUCAUGAGAGUGUUCUUGCACGGACUCUUGUCUCAGGCUAUCAGAUACGACGGAGGCUUCUGUUAACUGGUACCCCUAUACAGAAUAGUUUGCAGGAAUUGUGGGCCCUGCUUAAUUUUCUUCUGCCACACAUUUUCAAUUCAGUUCAGAAUUUCGAGGAGUGGUUUAAUGCACCCUUUGCAGAUAAGGGUGAUGUUUCUCUGUCAGAUGAGGAAGAGCUACUGAUCAUUCGUCGUCUGCAUCAGGUUAUAAGGCCAUUCAUAUUGAGGAGGAAAAAAGAUGAGGUGGAGAAAUUCCUUCCUGGGAAAUCACAGGUCAUUUUGAAAUGUGAUACAUCAGCUUGGCAGAAACUAUAUUAUCAACAAAUUACAGAUGUGGGAAGAGUUGGGCUGGAUAAUGGUACCGGGAAAUCAAAGGGUCUACAGAAUCUAACAAUGCAGCUCAGAAAAUGUUGUAACCACCCAUACCUUUUUGUUGCGGCAAAUUAUAAUAUGUGGCACAAGGAGGAAAUAGUAAGAGCAUCUGGGAAAUUUGAACUUCUUGAUCGUUUACUGCCAAAACUCCACAGAGGCGGGCAUAGAGUUCUGCUUUUCUCACAAAUGACUCGUCUCCUUGACAUUGUUGAAAUUUAUCUGCAACUUCACGAUUAUAGUUAUCUUAGACUGGAUGGUAACACCAAAACUGAGUAUAGAGGGUCUCUAGUAGACCAAUUCAAUGCCCCAGACUCUCCUUACUUCAUGUUUCUCUUGAGCACUCGUGCUGGAGGUCUUGGUUUGAACUUACAAACGGCAGAUACUGUAAUACUUUUUGACAUUGACUGGAACCCUCAAAAUGAUCAACAGGCAGAAGAUCGGGCCCAUCGUAUAGGACAGAAAAAGGAAGUUAGGGUAUUUGUGUUGAUUACUGUUGGAUCAGUUGAAGAGGCUAUCUUGGAGCGUGCAAAACAGAAGAUGGGCAUUGAUGAAAAGGUCAUCCAGGCAGGACUUUUCAAUACAACUUCUACAGCUCAGGACAGCAGGCAGAUGUUAGAGGAGAUCAUGCGUAGAGGUACAAGUUCACUUGGGACAGAUGUUCCGAGUGAGAGAGAAAUCAACCGCCUUGCUGCCCGUUCUGAUGAGGAAUUCUGGCUGUUUGAGAAAAUGGAUGAGGAGAGAAGACAGAAGGAGAAAUACCGAUGUCGUCUUAUGGAAGAACAUGAAGUACCUGAGUGGGCAUAUUCUGCUCCUGAAAUCAAGGAAGAUGAGACAGGUUUUGAUAAUGGCAGUAUCACUGGAAAGCGGAAAAGAAAGGAGGUGGUUUAUGCUGAUACUCUAAGUGAUGUACAGUGGAUGAAGGCUGUGGAAACUGGAGAAGACAUGUCAAGGCUUUCCGGUAAAAGAAAGAGAAGGGAUCAUCUUGCAUCCGAGGCAACUGCAUCAAUUAGAAAUAAUGCAGUUUCAGAGGAAAAGGUGUCAGAGUUGGCGAAUGAAAACAAGCCUAUGACAAGUGAGGGAACAAGUGAAGAUACCUCCCCAGCCCCGAAGGGACCCAAGUCUGUGGGGGAAAAUACUGAAAAACAGGAAUAUCAGGGUGUUGGAGGAAGUAACUGGGGUGGGCAAAUGUUUACAUGGAGUAGCACACAUAAGAAAAAGAGAUCAAGCUUUGUUGUCCAGAGCGCAUCAUCUGAUUCUAGAGGGCAGAAUUCCAAUGGAAGAGGAAAUGGAUGGGCUUGAUCAAAAGAUCAUUCUAAAGGAAUAUUGAGAUAUCCAGAUCAGUACAUGAGGGGAGGGAGUUUAAUUCUCCCAAGCUCGGGCUAUGACGGCGGGCUCAGUCACUCCGCAACUUGCAGUAAUUCUGGAGUUUUGAACAUGUCACAUAUCAGCAGCAACGCCAAGUUUUCCCAAUUAAUGGAAUCUACUUUUACUUUUAUUCCUCCAUGGUUCUUAAAACAUGGCCAACCCAGGAGAGACGUCUGAAUCGGUGUGCAGAUAGAUGUAGGAUAUUGGUAACGUAGAGGGCUUAGUUGCCGUUAGGGAGAUUAAAAAGACUUAAGAAAGGGCCUCCGUGCUUGUUGCAAAUCCAUUGAUUAGUUCUCCACUAUUUUGCGGUUGUGCCCAACAAAUGUCUUCAAUAUGUAUCUGAUAAAUGUAUAAUUAGAACGUACGUAUCUUCGAAAUCUUAAAUUGUAGCUUUUAUUUUUA